AUGUGCGCAGACGACGAUGACUUCGAUCAAAGCUUCCGCAACCAGCGCCCCCGACAAGAGCCUCCGCCAGGCACCAGAAUCCGCCGAGGACUUCUCGAGCUCGCUGAAGACGCCGGCCGACUGCCCCACGAAGUCGCAGCCAACCUUGCCAAACUGACGGCCGAGACCUACGAGGAUGAAUAUGUUAGGGACACAUUCUGCACCGUGGCUCUCAAGCUGGUAGUGGAGCAACCGUUCAAGAUCCCGUUCGUUGCGGCGGUCGUGCUCUACGGCAAUGCUGAGAAGUCGGAGAUGGCGCGAGAUGUGAUUAAGCGCGCAGGAGAGCAACUUCAAGAUGCGCUCGAGGCGGGACACUGGAGAGAAUUCAAGCUCUUGUUGAGGUUCCUUGCGUGCAUGGCGCCGCUCUUCGAGGAAGAUGGCGUCUUGCCAAUUCUCGAUGAGCUGUUCAACAGGGCUGUGGAUCUGCAGACUGCGUCCUCUGAAGAUGCUGUCGGUAUUGAAUUGGUCAAGAUCAUUCUGCUUACCAUCCCAUACCUUGUGGCCUCCUCGACCGAUGCAUCCUUACAGCAGAAGGUGUCCGAGCUGUUGGAGAAGACCGAGAUUGUAGCGUCCACGCCUCACGCUCUGGAAGUUCUCGUCGAUCCAUAUCCAGCCCAGGAGGGUCGUGAGGAGGAGAAGGCUAUGAUUUGCGCCAGUGUCAUUUCACUUAUCCAAGCUCAACUUGCGGACGAGGCGACCUCCGGAUGGAAGCUUAUUUGUAUCCCGCGGCCUUACGACCCAUCCUUCAAGCCAUCCGCGAAGGUUGAAGGUAACGGCGAAGAAGCGCCCGCCGAGUCCAAUGGCGACAAUGAGACCAAGGUUGCGGCGAAGCAUGCCUUCCCGGCGAUCAACGUACCAUCGCCCGUCAAUCAGGGCAGCAAGGCGUUGCUACCGGAGGUCUACUUCUCGCUGUUCGCAGACCAGGACAUCGAGUCAGUGCCGCCAACCACGAACAUUGCAUCCUCUCUUCUGCGCGAUACCAUCACGGACACGAUUAACAUUCUGGACUACAACCGCAAUGCUGUCGCAAAGUUCCUCAAUGAAAUCGACUGUUUCUGGGCGCAGGACACAUUCGUCAAGAGAUCUACGACAUUCGACAAGCUGCGCGAUCUGGGCCCGGGGAAGCCAACAUGGAAGCCAGAGGAUGUCAUCAUCGAUGCUGUUUUCUCGCAGAUCUUCCAGCUCCCGUCUCCAGAGCACAGACUGGUCUACUAUCACUCGCUUAUCACAGAGUCGUGCAAGAUCUCGCCUGGUGCCAUUGCUCCCAGCUUAGGACGCGCAAUUCGUUUCCUGUUCCGUAACAUCGAUCAGAUGGACAUGGAGCUGUCAUAUCGCUUCAUGGACUGGUUCGCUCAUCACUUGAGUAACUUUGAGUUCCGUUGGAAGUGGACAGAAUGGGUCCCUGAAGUCGAAUUGUCCAACCUCUCCCCAAAGAAGGCAUUCAUCAAUGGUGUACUCGACAAGGAGAUCCGUCUGUCCUUUGCCAAGCGCAUUCGCGAGACCCUGCCAGAGCCCUACCACAAGCUCAUCCCAGCCAGCAAAGAGAAGGACAUUCCCGACUUCAAGUUCAACAACGACCAGACGCCAUACGCCAAGGAAGGCCGCGAGGUCCUCGCUCUCCUUAAAAAGAAAGCCGCGGAGGAGGAGAUCCAAAAAGUCCUCGACUCCGUCCACGCUCAAGCCUCGGAACGCGGCGUGGAAGACCCUCUCGUCCCCAGCACGGACAUCUACAUGACCUCGAUCCUCAGCAUCGGCUCCAAGUCCCUCUCCCAUGUCCUCUCCACCAUCGACCGCUGCAAGGAACGACUCCUCGAGAUCGGCGGCCGAUCCGAAGCCGCCCGUCGUCAAAUCGUCGCUUCCGUGCUGGACUUCUGGUGUGACCACCCCGGCACGGCCGUCAACAUCGUCGACAAGCUUCUCAACUACACCAUCAUCACGCCCAUGGCCGUCGUUCAGCUCGCCGUGCAAGACCGCAUCGAUCGCGGCCGCGCGCUGGCUUCGUCGCAGGUGUACGAGAUGGUGUCCAUUACCAUGUUCAAAGUCACCAAUCGCGUGCGACAAGUCCUCCGCGAGCGGAAUAAUAUCAAGUUGCCGUUUGAACAGCGUCAGCAGAUUGACGAGGCGUUGCCGAGAGAGAGGCAGGGUAUGCGGGACUUGUUUGCUGCGAUCGAGGAUGCUGUGUCGUCCGUCGCGGCGGGUGCAAACGACGAGAUGAUUGAGCGGUAUGAUGGAGAUAGCGAGGAGCAGCAGCUGAUUCAGCUGUGGGGUUCGCGCUGGGCGAGAGUGUGGAGGCGGAAGGCGGCGGUUGAAGAGGCGCUUGUGGGUGAUGCGGCGGUGCCGGAAUUGGUGCAGCCGCCUGUUGUGGAUGUGGUGGAGGAGCAGCAGAGGGACGAUGAUAUGGAUCAGUACGAACUCACCAAAACCGGAAUCGAGCGGGUAUCUCUUCCCUUCGAAGCUCAGCGCAAGAUCACCCACCCGUACGAGGCCAUGUCCUGA